UUAUUUAUUUAUUUAUGUUUGAUCCAUCUGCACAGAUCUCCGGUGGAAAAGGGUCAAUCAUUCUUUGGACCCUUGCUCUGGACCCUUGCUCAAAACAAAGGAGGCACUUGACAAAGUGCCUUUCCCACCACAGCAAGACCCGUGUUGGCAGGAGCUAAAGAAAGGGGUGGUUGGGUUGAGAGGGAGAGGGCGAUGGAGAGGAAAGUGGUGGUGGUUUGCGUCGCGGUGGGUCUUCUGGGGCUUCUCUCCGCUGCGCUGGGCUUUGCUGCGGAGGGGACAAGGAUCAAGGCUUCUGAUGUGCAAAUGACAACACAAGGGGAAUGCAUAUAUCCGAGGAGCCCAGCAUUAGCUCUAGGCCUAACAGCAACUGUAGCUCUCGUGAUGGCUCAAGCAAUCAUAAACACUGUGGCUGGGUGCAUAUGUUGCAAGAAGCAUCGGCAUCCAUCGGACACCAACUGGACUGUAGCAUUGAUCUCCUUCAUCAUUUCUUGGGUUACUUUCAUAAUAGCAUUCCUUCUGUUAUUAACUGGUGCUGCAUUCAACGAUCAGCAUGGUGUACAAGGGAUGUACUUGGGUGACUACUGCUUUGUCGUCAAGGCUGGAGUUUUCUCUGGAGGGGCUUUGAUGUCCCUCACAAGUGUAGCUCUUGGGAUUGUUUACUAUGUUGCCUUAUCAUCAUCAAAGAAUGUGCAGCCUUGGGAUCCCCAGCAAAACCAGGGCAUUGCAAUGGGACAGCCGCAGAUCCCACCUCGGAGCACCGAACCGGUUUUUGUGCAUGAGGAUACAUAUAACAGGCAGCAAGUUCCCUGAAUACAUCGCUGCUACUGAAAAUCUUGCCUAAUGCUUUCAUGGUUCAUUCUGUUCCUGCAGUUUGCCAUGGGGACCUGUAUAGAGACAAAAAUCCUUGAAAUGGCUUUUUAGAUCUCAUACUGCCCUCACCCAGCACUGUAUUCUGGUACCACAUGAUGCCUGGAUAUAUGCCUGCAGAGUUCUUGGUAUGACGCAAGAUACUCAUCAUGUUCACCACGAAAAAAAGUGCUGCAUUUCAUAAUUGCGUAUAUUUGUCUAGGUGAAAAGGAAAGAUGCUCUGUUGGUUGUGGGGUUCGAACUGCAAUGUGUUAAGACACAGUAAGAAGACUAAAUUGCAAUGUGUGGACGAUAUAUUGGUUAGUGGUGGGCAGAAUUUGACUGCCAUGAAUGGAUUAUAUAAAGACAUACGGGGAAGACUUUUUCGAAUGUGUAGUUGGAUUGCUAUUUGUUCCUCAAAUAUCCAUAUAUACAGAAUAAAUAUUCAUGCA